UCACUCAGCGCUGGGCUGUCACAGCGUGGAUUUCCAGCUCACGUCUACCUGGAGCUUACUCCACGCGUCCUUCCAUGGCCAUGCCAAGUGGCGAGGACCCAGCAGCCCUGCCGAUGGGCACAGACCUGCAGCCCAGGAGAAGACCGUGUGACGGGGACUGGCCUGCACCUCAGAGAGGACAGCACACAGCGGGGGCAGCGUGGGUAUGGAGGGCUCUGCCCGGCACCUACCGACGUCUCUCGCCUGCGGGCUUGGAGCCUCGAAGCCAGAGAAAGCCAUCCCCGUGCUUUGCCCGGGCGGUCCUCGGCGCCUACCUGCUGCUGCUGACGGCUGGCCAGGUGCUGCUGGCGUACAAAGUGUUUAAGAUGCAGAGAGAGAUAUUGAAAUUUCAAGAACUAAAUACCUCCUAUACAGAAGAGAUUCUGGAAAGCUCAUUUGCCAGCAAACUGCUUUUGGAGAGAAACUCUUCAGAGAAGGACAUGGGACAUGAAGAAAACUGGAGGAGAAGCUUAGAAGAGGAAAUCACCAUAAUUAAAAGCAGCAAUGCAAACCUGAUGAUGAUGAUGAACAACAUCACCCUGAUUGCAGGACGUCCUGGACUCAAAGGAGAUCCUGGUCCACCAGGGCUACAGGGACCACCGGGGACAAAGGGAGACCAAGGAAUCCAAGGCUUACGUGGACUGCAGGGUGAGAAGGGGAGCAAAGGAGAUCCUGGUCCUGCCGGCCCACGUGGUGAACCAGGGGUGAGAGGAGAAAAAGGAGAAGCGGGGCUUGCAGGUCUCCAAGGACAGAAAGGCGAAAUGGGCAAGCAGGGAGACCCUGGGCCUCGUGGACCCAUGGGUCCUCAGGGACACCAAGGAAUCCCCGGACUGCCGGGUUUCAAUGGUAGCACGGGGGAGCCUGGACAUCCUGGGCAGAAAGGAGAGCCAGGCGUAACUGGACAACGUGGACCCGUGGGAAGUCCUGGUCUCGAAGGCAGACCUGGUCAGAAAGGUGACAAGGGGGACCACGGGCCCAGUGGUAGUCCAGGAAUACCAGGCAUUGCGGGACUCAAAGGUGAAAAGGGAGACAAAGGAGUAACAGGUCCUCCAGGGCAAAAGGGAAUGAAGGGAGACCAGGGCCUGCCAGGCAUCCCAGGCCUAACUGGUGCAAAAGGAAGCAAAGGUGAUAGUGGCAGUCAUGGUCCGAAAGGAGAUCCAGGAGUAAAAGGUGCCAAGGGAGACCCUGGAUUACCUGGUUCCCCAGGAACAAAAGGGAGCAAAGGUGAAAAGGGACAAGGCAGCUUCAGUUCUCUUAUACGAAUCGCAGAAGGGGGCAGGAGGGGCCGCGUGGAAAUCUUUCACCAAGGGUCCUGGGGGACAAUAUGUGACGAUGGCUGGAGCACGCAAGAUGCGACUGUGGUCUGCCGAAUGUUGGGAUACAGCCGUGCUCUCUCUGCCUUCACAGCCUCACCAGGCUCUGGACAAAUUUGGCUGGAUGACGUGAAUUGCAGAGGGAGCGAAUACUCAAUUUUGGACUGUCCAAAGCCCAACUGGGGUGUGCACAACUGCUCGCACAGCGAGGAUGCUGGGGUGGAGUGCGAGUGAUGGGACACGGAGGCUGCCCCGGGAGCCGCUGCCCCCCUCGCUCUCUACGGGGCUCUUGUUCAUAACGCAAACCCAAUUUUGUCAGGCUGUGCGUGUAAUCUCUUUAACAGGUCAUAAAAGUAUUGACACAGAAAGUUGAAUUUUCCAUAAAUCGAUAACGGUUACAAGAGCCACGGGUAACCUGAGACAUCCCAGAUGUCAUGAAACAACCGUAGCUCAGGCACCUGAGCCAGUUCACAGCUUUUCCAGCUACCUGACAUCAGCUCAUCUGCAGUAGCUCACAUGUGUGUGACCUCUAACUCCACAGGGGCGGAGAGAUGGUCCACUUCAGCUUAGUGCAUUAAGAGAGAACAGGAUAAGCAUGCAGAAAUGGGCAGUUACUGCAGCUGAGCUGAGUCUUCAUCACAGUACAGUUCUGAACCUGAGCCUAAAACCCCCAGUGAAGUGCAUACACCCAGUACAGGAGACGCUCAGAAAUCAUUAGAUGAUCUCUGUGUGUUCAAAUUAAAUGUUCUCCAGAAACAAUGCUGAUCACAGGUCAAAGUGCAAAAAUAAGUGCCUGGGAUCUAGGUGCCGCACUAUCCUGGUUUAGCGCAGACCUUGUUUUCGACCUUGGCCAAGUCCCCUGGCUUCUCUCUCAGUGUUUCCUAACCUGUCCCCGGGAGCAACACCCCUGACCUUUUCUGGUGUAUAAAGCUGAGCUUUUCAUACCUUUAGAAACUCGAUGCUCCAGUAAAGUGAAGGGAUGAUGAAUAAAAGCAAUAAUGGGAAAGUAUCAGCUAAUUAAACUUCCAGAGUGAAAAUAUGGACCCUAAACCAAAGGUUUCUACAUUGACUUAGUCUUUUGAGUCCUAGGUUAUAACUACUUCACAGGGGCUAUAACAACUGAAAGGCUUCUCUUUCUUAAGACCCAAGUCUUCCCCUUUUCCACCAGCUCUGGACGUUCAGCAGGUGAUAAGCAGCCUGUGUUCAUGUAGCUGGGCACAUCCCAACAGCCUGCUUACGGACAUUUUAUUUGAAACGUCAGAAAUACAUGUAAGCGACCCCACAUCUCCGCCUUAAUGUGAGUCAUAAUUGCCUUUGUCUACAUGACUUUGAAACUCGAUUUUAGUGCUUAGAAAUCCAGAUAUAAGCGGAAAAACUAAGCAGUGCUGGUAAGAACUGCAGGCGACGGGGCAUCCAGGGCCAAAGUGAGAAGACCUAGGAGUGUGCAGAGUCUGGUAGUGCGGUCUGCAACAAAGUUCAUCGCUGCUUUGAAAAAGAGGAAAUGUUUGUUACGGGGUCGCAGGCCUCAGAAAAGAAGUCUGGAAAAUCCCAAGAGUUUUCCAAUAUCUAUUCUGAUGACUUUGACAGAAGGAAAAUGAAGGGAGCCUCUUACCAUUCUUGGUUCUGGUUUAGAGGAGGUAAGGAGCACCUGCAACAAACCAUGGGUGAAACCACACGAAUGACAGCUAUUUCAGAGCUGGUGGAAAAGGACAGUGUUUCACCUGCACAAAAAGAGGCAAAAGCUUUCUGUUCUGGUCGGGAGCCCCACCGUCACUAACAGCAUGCUGACUACCGGCACUUGGGCUAACACAGCUUUCUACAGGGCUCCAACGGGCGGUGCUGAGCCUGCACACAUUUCCUUCAUCUUCUUUUCGUGUGUGGCAGUAUGUAAA